CCUUCGGUGGCCUCUCACGUUCCCUUGUCGGCUUUGCGUAAUCGUCACUGGAUCGGUCGGACACGCCUUGCUCAUACUCCUUGUUCUUCUCAGCUAGCAUGUGGAAUGCUGACCCUGUCCUCGCCGGCUGUGCUACAUUAGCACCAUGCAUCCAUGUAUGGAAAAGUCAUUGGAUACCACACGUGCGCGCUGGAGGGCAGCGACUUGCUUGCGUAUCUCUUUCAUAGGGUCCUUCUUCGCCGGUGCCAUUUCGCCGACGUUACCGUGGUGCAGAUCAGCUUUGCUCGAGUUACCUCACUGCAGUGAUGGUUCAGAUGUCAAGAAAAUGGGUAGAGCCAGGAGGGAGCUUGUGAAGACUGCUGCCUUUGCUGAAUGCUGGAUCAUUCAGUCUACACCCAGAUAUGGUGUUAGAAGCGUCAUCGCUGCUUGGUUGAUCAUUUGGACUGUUUUGAAGACUGGUGCUAGUGAGUCCUAAAUCACUUACACGCUCUGAUCCGCACUUCAGACCUGCCUCACUUGCGCACUCGGGAAUGAUUACACAGACUAUACUGGGCCUCGCACAUACAGAUUCAGACCUUGCGUUGGUUCUUCCUCUGACAUGGUAAGCUGAAUCGAUUACGCUACGCUGCGUUCGCGACGUAUACGACGGCGACGGAUAUGAUGGCGAUUC